AAGGUCAAAAGGCGGAGGGCCAAAACCCGAGACGCCCACCCCCGCAGGCCGCAACCACCAGGGGCAAGCCGAUGCCACUAUGCUCCCGGGGGGAGGAGGCGAGGGCGGGAAGCGCCGGGACCGGGGCGCCACCGCCGCCGCCGACGAGGACGCGGACGCCGCCACAUCGGCGUCGGCGGCCUCCCUGAACGACCUCUGCGCCACCGCCACCGGCGCCGGCGCCGCGAGGGCGCCACCGCCGUUCCCGAGGGCGGCGGCGUGGGCGGUCGCGGCGCUGCUCGCGGUGGGGCUCGGGGUCGGCGCGCUCGUCCUCGCCGCUGUGCACAGCGCCGCGCUUCUCGUAGUGGCGGUGCUCCUCUCGGCGGCCGUGGCCGCGUUCCUCCUGUGGAACGCGGCCGCCGCGGCGUCGGGCCGCGCGCUGCGGCGGUUCGUGGACGGGCUCCCAGCCUCCAGCCUCCGCGUCGCGGCCGAUGGCCAGCUCGUGAAGAUCACCGGAUUUGUUUCAUGUGGUGAUAUCUCACUGAUCUCUUCAUAUGAGAAGGUUGAAAAUUGUGUAUACACAUCUACUCUGCUAAGAAAAUGUGCCAGUUGGGGUUCCAUGAUACUAAAUCCUUGGAAUCGACGGUCCAAAUGGAAAUUAACACAUGCUGAGAGGUUUGCUGCUGAUUUCUACAUAACGGAUGCAAAAUCAGGUAAAAGAGCCUUGGUGAAAGCUGGGCAUCACUCAAAGGUAGUACCACUAAUCGAUGAAAACCUUCUGGUGAUAACAAGCAGAGAUACCGAGCUAUCUUCAACUUUGAAGUAUUGGCUCGAAGAGAGAAACCUUUCUUCUGAAGAAGCUCAGCUUAUUCGUCUUGAGGAGGGGUAUAUCAGAGAAGGAAUGCAGUUAAGCGUGAUAGGAAUGUUGAGCAAGAAGAACGGGGAUGCCAUGAUACUUCCUCCACGGGAACCUCUAUCGACAGGCUGCGUGCUGCUGUCCUGUCUCCUUCCAAUGUAUUUUGAUGGAAUAGUACUGAGAUUGGUUGACAGAAGUUACUUCGUGCCAAACUCUGGCGUCUCAUGAAGAUCUGUAUGUGAGGCCUCGUCGAGAUGUAACAGCUAACAAUUCUUGUGCGGUGCCCUUGCCCCUUGGGAUCUUCUUCCUGUACGGGUCCACAUUUUUUGCUUUUGGGACUCGAUCAUGUGGCUCUUUGCAGGUAACCCUGAUGUACAUUCUCACUUGGUCGAUAGUUGUAAUGCCUAGUCAUUUCUGGGGAUGCAUUGCGUAUCUUGUAGUUUCAUUCGGCUGAUUUAAUGUCCUUGUUUUA